UGCCGCUGCCCACCCUGGGGCUAAUCCUCGACCUAGGAGUCAUGAGGAGCAGAGGAUAACUGAAUGUUGUCUACUAACUCAGGAAGCUUUGUGGUACUAAAUGUAUAACGCAUGUAUCGGGGGCUCUUUUAAUUAAAGUGAAAAGAGCAGCGCUGGGAUUGACCAUGCAGAGGAGAUGGAGUUGCUGUUGGAGAACUACUACCGAUUAGCUGAGGAUCUUUCCAACGCAGCUCGGGAACUCAGGGCACUGAUCGAUGAUUCACAGAGUAUCAUAUUCAUCAAUCUGGACAGCCACCGUAAUGUGAUGAUGAGGUUGAACCUACAGUUGACCAUGGGAACCUUCUCUCUCUCGCUCUUUGGGCUAAUGGGAGUUGCUUUCGGAAUGAAUUUGGAAUCUUCCCUUGAGGAGGACCAUAGAGUAUUCUGGCUGAUCACAGGAAUUAUGUUUAUGGGAAGCGGCCUCAUCUGGAGGCGCUUGCUGUCAUUCCUCGGACGACAGCUGGAAGCUCCGCUGCCACCUCUGAUGGCCUCUUUACCUAAGAAGACACUGCAGGCAGACAGAAGGCUGGAAAUGAAACACAGUUUCAGGCCGGAUGGACUUGGAUCAGGCAGUUAG